UAAAGGGAGCCUCGGAGCUGAUUCCCGUAAUAACGAAACCCUAACACAAACUCACGCACUCCUCCUUCUUAUAACACGCCGUCGUUUCUUCCUCCGUUCGUUUCGUCCGCCGGCGCCACCGCCGCCUUCUGAAUCGACUGAAGAAUCUCUGAUUGUGGAAAAUGAGGGGAAGAAGUUAUACUCCUUCACCUCCGAGGGGAUAUGGCAGGAGAGGAAGAAGUCCAAGUCCUAGAGGUCGUUAUGGUGGUAGGGCAAGAGAUGCUCCUACGAGCCUCUUGGUUCGUAAUCUGCGCCAUGACUGCAGGCCAGAAGACCUUCGCAGGCCAUUUGGACAAUUUGGCCCUGUAAAGGAUAUCUACUUACCAAGGGAUUAUUACACUGGGUGAGCAUGUGUGGUUGUUGUCUUUGUUCGUUUGUUUUUUUUUAAUUAUCUUUUCAUUCACAAUAGAUCUUUCAAACUCUCUUUUUCCCUUUCCCUACCAUAAACCUAGAUAAGGGAUUUUGUUUUAAAAAAUGUUCUUUUCCAAGUUAUCCCCUUCCCUUUGCUAGUGUUAAAUCUUAUUCCUCGAUUGUGCUGUUUUAUUAAAAUUUUGGGAUCUAGCAGUGAAUUUAAGAGUUUUGAAGACCAAUCAAGUAGUAAGAGUUCAGUUGACCCAUUGAAGUAGUAAAGAGUUCUGUUGACAUCGAUCAAGUAUUAAGAGUUCAAGGUGAUGUAAAUGAUAAUGGAAGAUUGUGGAAGGAUUUGUGUUUGAAUUCAAUGUGAAGAUAUCAAGAUUACAAGUCUUGAAGACUUUCAAGUCACCUUAUAACUUAUUUGUACAAGGUCAGCUGCCAUGUGUUUGCUUAUGAAAUAUCGCGGUCUUCCUUGUUGAGGUUGCUUUAGUAAUUGAGUUUUGACAUAAUUAUGAUUUAAGGUUUUAUCAGUUUCACAUGCCAUUUGUUUGCACCGUUGCAGGAUCACAGAUCACUUAGAACAAUCUUUUCUAUGUAUAUAUAUAUGUAUAUAUAUCUAAUUACCUAUCUCUUAAAGUACCAAUAUAAAUGUUUCUCAGGCAAUUCUUAAAAUUGUUACCUGGUCUUGCCAGCCAGGGAUAGUUGAAAAUUAAAACUAAUAGAAGGUUUACAAACUCAAAACUACGAUGGGAUGGCUUAUCAUGUAGCUUUUUUGACGUAUUCCUUUCCUUUCUUCAGAGAACCACGAGGCUUUGGUUUUGUUCAGUAUGUUGAGCCAGCUGAUGCUGGUGAAGCCAAGUAUCAGAUGGAUGGGCAGAUGUUUCAAGGCAGACAAUUGACAGUUGUGUUUGCUGAGGAAAAUAGGAAGAAGCCUGUGGAGAUGCGAGCUAGAGAGCGGGGUACCAGAAGUCGUCACUAUGAUCGUAGACGCUCCCCACCUCGCUAUUCACGCUCACCCCAAUAUUCUCGAUCUCCACCCCAUCGAUAUGGAAAAUCUCGAUCUCGCAGCCGUGACUACUACUCCCCACCUCCCAAGAGAAGGUACUCAAGAUCUGUCUCCCCUCAAGAGAGAAGGUAUAGCCGUGAGAGGACAUACUCGCGAUCCCCAGUACGGGAACGUUCCCCACCAUUUGAGGGCUCAAGGAGCCGAAGCAGGAGUCCCGGACGAGAGAUAUCUCCUCCUUAUAAUGGCCCCAGAAGUCGUAGCCGGAGUCCCAAGAAUAACCAAUCUCCACCGAGGGCCCAAAGUAGGAGCCCAAGCCGAAGCAGAAGCCGAAGCCCUGGUCGUGGAGAUUACCGGGGGAACCCAGAAAGGGACGGGUCCCCUUAUCACUGAUUGAUGUAUGCCUCCCUGGAUGGGCCAAUAUGACUUUGCGGAAUUUCAUUAUGUUUUGUAGUUGGUUUGUUUUUUGCUUAUCAGUUACUAGAAUUCAAGGCUGUUCUUUUUUUUCUUUUUUUGUUGGCCUGUGGGAAUUGAAUUGAAGUGCUAUAGUAGUGGCUAACUGGAUUUUCUGUAUUUUCUAUAAUGCAACUCCUCAUGUUUGUGGUCUUACAGUUAGAACCUGUUGCCUGUCGGUGACUUUUUUCUGUGACGACUUGUGUGUAGUAGGUGUCAUUUUAAUUUGCUGUUCGAAGAAUUUAUCCAAAGGAUAUGCAAUAAACAAUCUGGAUUAGCCAAAUUGGGUUGGGGAGUUGUAUGAAUUCUUCAGAGUUGUUUUGACG